AUGAGUGUCUGGGGAGGAAAACACGAUCAAGCGGGACGCAUAGACAGGAAAGCCUAUUUUCUCUCAACACUUAUCUUACUCAUCAUCUGCCUCUUCACCACCGUCUCCAGACUCUACAUCCGCGUCUUCAUCCAGCGCGAAUUCACACUCGAUGACGGACUCAUCCUCGUCGGCUUCUCCUGUCUCGUCGCUGGAUUAGUCCUCUUUUACACCAUUGCCGAAGAGCAAUUCCUCGUCUCCGAUCUCACGUACAAUGGCGUCGAUGCGCUGUUUCGCGCGCCGCCAAACUGGCUAGAUCAGGUUAUGGAUUAUGAGAAACAGGUCAUCAACUCCCUGUUAUGUACGUGGGCGGCCAUCGUCUGCGUGAAACUUAGUUUUAUCUUCUUUUUCCGGAAGUUGGUGGAAAGGAUAAGGGCGAUGAUGAUUUUUUGGUGGGUGGUGUUACUGUUUAAUUUGGGCGUUUGUGGAUAUGGAUUUAGUGUUUAUGUCUUGGCUUGUCCGGAUAGGAAGAAUAUCAAUCUCGCGCAAGCUCUACAAUGCGGAUUCGGCCCUAAAGCAGAUAAAUCAGUCCAAUACGCCCUUUCCCAAAUGGUUCUCGACGUGGUCGGCGAUCUCCUAAUCCUCGCCAUUCCCAUCCGCCUAAUCUGGCAAAUCAAAAUCCGCCUCUCUCAAAAACUCGCCCUUGCCGCCUCCCUCUGCCUCACCAUCCUCAUGAUAACCACCACCAUCAUCCGCGUGUCCGGCCUCAAAGGCGCGCCCGACGGCGCCCUCGACUCCGGCUGGGAAGUUUACUGGCAGAUCAUCUCGGCCGAAGUCGGCAUCGCCAUGACGGCCGUCACAGCUUUCCGCACCAUGCUCGUGAACCACCGGUCUGCGUCGCGUAGUGGCGGCCGCGGCGAGGAGCGCUGGAGCGGUAUGAAAGGCGUGAUGCGCAAGUUGGGGAGCUGGCCAAGUUGGCUGAGCUCCAGUCGUUCAGGGAGUGCGUAUACGGAGGAGCAUAGACGUGCGAGACCGUUAGACGAUUUACCGAGACCGGAAAGAGGGACGUUGACAGGAAUUAGAACGUUUAUCGAAGGUCAGGGAACGGGACGCGGCCAGGGGUUUGAGAGGGUCGAUACGAGGGGGAGCAGUGGGGAGUUAAGGACGUUAGCGGAGGAGGAGAAUUGGCCGCUUCCUACGAUCGUGAGAGAGCCGCCUAAGGCGAGAGCUAUUGAGGUUAGACAGGAGGUUUGGAGGUCGAGUGAGAGUAGACACGAUUUAGAAUCCGGUGUGGGGGAACAUGAACAUAAGAGACAAACAAGCGCCGAUAUGAUGCUUCCGAGAGUUGAACAUCAGCGGCAAACGAGUGCGGAUCUGAUGCUACCGAGGAACGAACAUAAAAGACAGACCAGUGCGGAUUUGAUGCUGCCGAGGGUUGAACAUAAGAGACAGACGAGUGCGGAUCGGAUGAUACCUAGAUAA